UUGUGUUUUAUUUAUUUUGUGAUUUUAUUUUGGUUUGAUUUGAGGACAUAACGCGAAUGAUGUUAUUAGGAACAAUGCAUGAAGAUCGAUCUGUUGGUUUAGUCGUACCGACGGCGAAAACUCGUGCGACGGACUUUUCUAUAGCAGCCAUUAUGGCGCGUGAUGCUACAGCUCGCGUCGCGGUGCCAGCACAAACAUGUCGAGCAGCAUUAACAACAACUGCUUCACCGACGCCAUCAGACACAAUACAUUCAUUAUCCCGACAAAGUUCACCAGGCAUGAUAAUUGAACCAGCAUCAUGUAAAAUUGAAAACGACGAUGACGAUGAUGACAUAGAAGUUGAUGUCGAAGAAUGUUCAGAUAGUGAAACAAUAAAUACAUACAGUGAAACGUCAUUACCUUAUAAAUUACACCAUCGAACCGGUAAAAUUUAUAAGGCAAAUCAUCAUUUAUUACAUAAUAACAAUAACAAUUCAAUGCACAAUGGUAAUGCAUUGCGACGUUCACCUGCCAUGAAUUCUGAAUGUGGUUCAGAUGUACCCGAUGUUACGGAACGUGAUGAUAGUCCGGAAUUAUCACUAACCGAUAAUGAAAAAUCUGGAAGUGUUACAAAUGGUUCGACUUCAUCAUCUUCGGGUAGUAGUACAACCGGUACAAAUAAUAAUGGAGGGGGUAAUGGUGGACCAAGUGGACACGGUAGCAGCAGUAAACAUCAUUCAAAAGUUAAAGUCCGAUGUAAUUGUGAGGAGUUAUUAAGUACUGAAUGCCAUUUGGAGACAAAAGAUUUAUGGGACAAAUUUCAUGAUUUAGGAACGGAAAUGAUUAUUACUAAAACUGGAAGGCGGAUGUUUCCGACAUUACGUGUAUCAUUCACUGGUAUCCGACCAGAACAACGAUAUGCCGUGUUAUUAGAUAUUGUACCUGUCGAUAGUAAACGAUAUCGUUAUGCAUAUCAUCGAUCAUCGUGGUUGGUGGCAGGUAAAGCAGAUCCUCCAGCACCAUGUCGUUUAUAUGCGCAUCCAGAUUCACCAUUCAGUGGGGAACAACUACGGAAACAAGUUGUAUCAUUUGAGAAAGUGAAAUUAACAAAUAAUGAAAUGGAUAAAAAUGGACAGAUUGUUUUGAAUUCAAUGCAUCGCUACCAACCUAGAAUACAUUUAGUAAAAUGGCGGGAGCAUUCAUCAAAUACACAUCCAAUCACCGAUUUAGAAGCAGAAGAGUAUCGUACAUUUAUAUUUCCUGAGACUGUAUUCACAGCAGUCACUGCAUAUCAAAAUCAAUUAAUUACUAAAUUAAAAAUUGAUUCAAAUCCAUUCGCAAAGGGCUUCCGUGAUUCAUCAAGACUGACUGAUUUUGAUAGAGAUCCAAUGGAUGGUUUUUUUAUGGAUCAACAUUUCUUGCGAUCACCUUUACGGUUAUAUUCAACCGAUCCAUUAGACAAUGAAAACAACAAUGCGGCAAAUUCAUUAUUUUCUGCUGCUAUGAUGGAAAAAGCUCGUGCACAUUUACAGUUAUGGGGUCGCGCUGGAACCGCAAGUGGUUAUUCACCAGCAGAACUACAUGCAAUGCUUAUAAGUUCUGGUGCAGCUGCACAAAAUCAACAUUUAUACAAUAUGGCUGCAGCAGCUGCGGUAGCUGCGGCGUCUGGCCAACAACCACCUAGACCACCUCCACAUUUAUGGAAUCAUCCACCUAACGAACAACCGCCAGGACCUGGCGGGCCUUGGGGUGCCGCACCUUCAUCUGGUCUUCCACCCGGAUUACUAGGGCCACCACCGCCGCCUCCUCCACCUCCUGUAUCAACACCAAAUUCAUCUGGUUCCCCAUCUCCAUCAAACAUGAUGGGUUCAAAUGAUUUACGAAUGCCAAAAGCAGUGUUUCCUAGUUCUAUGCAUAGAUAUAGUCCGUAUUCACUAGCCCAAGCCCAGUCAAGGCAAAUGUCACCACCAGGUGGCGGAUCAGGAAGUCCCAGACCACGUUAACACAUU